AUGGCGGCACACGGCGCCAAUGGCGAGGCCUCUGUCGGCUCCAGUGAGCCCCGACAAAAGGGAAAGGCUACCCCGGAAACAAUCAGAGCAGGAUGCAUCGCCAUGGUCAAAAAAGAAGGCAUCCCCCGUCGAGCCGAGAUUCUCAGCAUCAAAGAAACGAAGAGCGGUCGCCAAUUUUACUGCAACUUUGACAAUUUCAACAAGCGUCUCGACGAAUGGGUGCCGACGAUCCGAAUCGAUUUCGACCAAGAUGUCGAGUGGCCAUUACCCGACAAGGACAAACCGAAAGAUCCUAAGACGAAGAAAGGUGUUGCCACCUCAAAAAAUAAGGUCUCAAAGAAAUCUCAGAAGCGACCUUCGAAGAGGGAGCAAUCUGCGCCUUCAGAGGCCGCGACGCCGCACCCAUGGACCGAGUUCGUCGAGUCACAGAGCCGUAAGAUGACGCCGACGGCCGAGGAGAGCCAAAGCCAGACCCCGGCCACAGCUACGGGCGAUGCAACGGCCACCCCCGCAGCUGGAGGCGAUGAAAUGGAAAUUGACCUGGAGGAGGAGGUCCAGAAGAAAGAUUUACUCAGUGGCUUCAGCCGAGAAGACGAGAUCGAGAAGUUGAGGACACACGGCUCUAUGACGCAGAAUCCGGCCGAGAUCUCCCGAAUUCGAAAUAUCUCCAAGGUCCAGUUUGGAAAGCACGACUUGUUCCCAUGGUAUUUUUCCCCAUACCCUGAGGUAUUCAACCAGGAAGAUGUUAUUUUCAUCUGCGAGUUUUGCCUCGGGUACUACGGCGACGAAAAAUCCUUUGUUAGGCACAGGCACAAGUGUACUCUGCAGCACCCUCCUGGAAACGAGAUCUACCGCGACGAGUCUGUCUCUUUCUUUGAGAUUGACGGCAGACGGCAGCGCACCUACUGCCGUAACCUGUGUCUCUUGUCCAAGAUGUUCCUUGACCACAAGACACUAUACUACGAUGUCGACCCCUUCUUGUUCUACGUCAUGACGAGUCGAAGCGAUAAGGGCUGCCACAUUAUCGGUUACUUUUCCAAAGAAAAGGAGAGCGCGGACGGAUACAACGUAGCUUGUAUUUUGACUCUGCCCCAGUACCAGCGCAAAGGUUAUGGUCGAUUGCUCAUCCAGUUCUCGUACGAACUAUCAAGGAUCGAAGGCAAGCUUGGUUCGCCAGAAAAGCCGCUUUCUGAUUUGGGUCUGCUGAGUUAUCGGCAAUACUGGGGUGAGAACAUCUUGGAUCUCAUUGUGGGUUACAAUGAGCGCGAUGAGAAGACUACGAUUGAAGCCAUCUCGACGGCUCUUGCCAUAAUUCCGCAGGACGUGGAGCACACCUUACAGGCGCUGAAGAUGCAGGUGUAUCAUAAGGGAGAGCACAAGAUCGUGAUUCCCGAGAAGCUGAUCCAGCAGAGGGAGAAGCAGAAGGUGAAGCAGAAGCGAUUGAUUGACCCGAGCAAGAUCCAGUGGAAGCCACCAGUAUUUACGGCUUCUACGAGAACAUGGGGUUGGUAA